AUGUCCCACGCCGGAGGGCUCGGCCGGAGGGACCCCAAGACCCUGACGGGGCUGGCCAAGCGGUCCGGCGCCGUGUCCCACAUCGCCAAGUCCUUCGAGAACGCCGACAAGGGAGGCGCGAAGGAUGCCCCCCAGGCGGGAUGGGCGGAGCUGGCGCGGAGGGAGGCCUCGGCGGACGCCCUUGCCAGCUCGGGCUUCCUGCUCAACAGGAGCCCGGCGCAGACCCUGGUCAGGAUCCACCAGCCGCAGCGUGGGUCCCACAGGGACUCCUACAGGGAGCCCCGCGACGCCCUGCACUUGCCGAGGCCCACCUUCUCCCCGCGCCCCCCGGACCCGAGCCCGCUGAAGGCGCGCGUCAACAGCCAGGGGCGCCUGUACUUCGGCUCCAGCAUCAGGAUCAACAACGGCGCCUUCGAGAAGCAGAGCAACCUCCCCAGCAACAACCUCAUGAGCGCCACGCCGAAGCUGGUGCGCGGCCCGACGCUGGGGGAGCUGCUGCACCGGGGGGACGUCGUCACCUCCUCCAGCAGGUCCUACGGCGUCCCCAACACGCGGGAUCCUGACGCCUCGCAGAGGUUCAGCCAGAGACAGGCAGACGGGGGCGAUGCCCCGACGCACGAGGUGCCCCGCAGCAGGUCCUUCUCGGAGCAGAACCUGACGCCGUCCCGCAGGAGCACCGCCAACAUCUCGCAGCUGAGCGCCAAGGGCCUUAGCAACGAGCUCGGCGCCUCCGGCCGCGCCCGCCCCGUGGUGGGCAAGCCGCCGACGCCCGUGCCGCAGCGCUCCGCCCGAAUCGUUAACUCGCGCCGACAGUCGUUCCGACAGAUGAACAUCAACCGCGAAGGAAGGAACAGUGUGAGAAACAGUAAUCAAAGUACAACUCAAAAUGGAUCGAUAAGAAACAUUCCGGACGCUGUAAAUAGAAAUAUCAAUCAUCCGGAACAUACGUAUGACCUAGAUGUCGUAGAAAACGGGAAUAGUUGCUCAUUGAGCCGACCCAACGAAAAUGGGAAACCAAAAAGUUCAAAGAAUACAGAGUACCCGGACCACCCCGAGCGAGACUCCCUGGACGGGCACCUCCCCGGCUCCUCCCACGGCACCGGCAACCCCCCGCCGCCCCCAGCGCCUCCGGCCGCCUCCGGGGUCAGCACCAAGCCCUCUGGCAGCGGCUUCACCAAAGGGCCGAAUGCCAAGAACAAGAAGCACAAGAAGCUAAAGAACGAAGCCGAUGAAGGGCCGCCCUCGGGGGGCGACGGCGCAGACAAGGAUAAGAAGAAGGAUCACUACGAAAAGUCCGGCAAAGACAAGGACAUGGAGACAGGCGGGGGAUACCGGCCCAAAACCGAACCUUACACGUACCUCUGGGUCGUUAUGUCCGGAAUGUACGGGAAGCUGGUGGUGCUGCUCAUGCUCGCCUUCUGCCUCACCGAGGUCCUCGACAACCAGGUCCUGCCGCUCACGUUCCAGGGCAUCUUCCUCAUGUACCUGUACGUGGGCUCCAUCGUGGCCAUCAUGUGCAUAUACGUGACAGUGAUCGCGGACAACUGCCCUUCGAUCACCGCCAGCAAAGAGAACCUGACGAAGAACGGGGACCCUGAGGCGGGCUCCAUCACCUCCUUCGGGACGCUCAAGAGGGCGCACAUCUCCCGCUCGAAGACCUCAAGGACAUCCUUCUACCUGCGGGUCGGCGCGCUGGUAUUCGGCCUCGGUACGCUCAUCUUCAACGGCUUGGAGAUCGCCAUGCACUCCACCAUGAAGGGCGAGUGCGUUGAGGACAUUGUGUUCGCCCAUCCGAUCCUGCAGGCGCUCUUCACCUUCCUGCAAAUGCACUUCCUCUUCGUCAACUCCGAGGUGAUCGUGGAGAAGUUCGGACAGGUGGCGCGGUUCGGCUUCAUGCACCUGGUGGCCACCAACGUGGCCAUCUGGAUCCGCAUGGUGGUCUGGGAGUCGGCCACAGACUCCAUCGAGGUCAUGUACUCCGACAUGCCGCUGGCCGAGGUGCCGCCCCACGCCGAGCAGGUCCUCCGCCUGUACUCUUGCUUCCAGAACAACUCCCUGGGGCGCCUCUGGACCGACGCUCAGCCCUACCUGUUCCCGUUCCUGGUGGAGUACAGCCUGAUCGCGGCCGCCGUGACCUACAUCAUGUGGUGCAACGUGGGCAAGGAGAAGAUGAAGAAGCUAGGCCACCUGGGCAAGGCGGCGGCCGAGGACUCCGCCACGCUGGACAAGAGGGGCGUCCGGAAGGGCUACUGGAAGGUCGACUGCCGCUCCGCCUCCAAGGGGCUGUUCCUCGGGCUGCUCUGCCUGGUGGGCGGCAUCGUGAUCCUCAUCAUGUUCUUCGUGAUGAAGAACGAGGACGACUUCCAGGACACGAUGUUCUGGAUCAGCAACGCCACGCAGAUGAUCAUCCUGGGGCUGGCGGUCAUCAGCACCGUCAUCGGCUUCCUGCAGAUCCCCAAGCUCUCGGUGUCAACCUCGAAGCCGCUCGACCUCGACCGGCUCCUCCUCUCGACGACCAUCCUCGGCGUCUACCUGUUCGCCGUCUUCGGCAUGAUCGUCGGCGGAAUCAACUACACCGACUCGCAGUCGCUCGCCACCUUCUGCGUGCAUGCCCUGCUGCUCGUGCAGGUGUCCCUGCAGGGGAUGCUGGUGGCGGAGGCGAGUCGGCGUACCUGCACCUCCAGGUACCAGAUGCUGACGAAGCCGGGCCGCCAGGUGAUCACGUUCCUUCUGUUCGCCAACAUCACGCUGUGGAUCCUGGACACCUUCAUGACACACACGCGGAUCUCGCAACACUUCCAGUUCUCCUUCUAUGGGACGCUGGCGUGGGGCAUCAUCUCGAGGAUCUCCGUGCCGCUGCUCAUCCUCUACCGCUUCCACUCGGCCGUCAUCCUCGUCGAGAUCUGGAAGAACACCUACAGGACCAAGGCCGACUAGGAAGCACCACCUCCAGCCAGCUCAGAACCAAGCGGCCAGGCC